AACUGCAGCCGCAAUCUAUCGUCCCGAACACUGGCUACUAGCGCCUACCCCAGAUUGCCACCCGUUGUGUCUUGUACCGCCAACCUCCACCUCACACCAAGGACCGCCACCACGUCUUUCACAACGCCCUCGCCAUCAACCAAAGCCUUCCCAGGCAGCUUCCCACGCAAACGACUCUACCUCGAAAUCACUUGAAAACACUGCAACAAUGUGCGUCGCCGAACUCUGCGUCACCACGCAUCCGUGCCAGCACCGCUGGUACCACCUAGUCCGCCCAUGCAGCCCUUCCAGCAACCUCUCCACAUGCGGAAAGAAGCUGGGCAUCUCUGGAUGGGAGGUCAAGUGCAACCACUGCCCCUACUGCCACGGCCACGUGUCCGAGUUUGAGUACAAGCUCAUUGGCGACGGCCCAGCACCUCCAGUCGGUUCUCUCUCAGGUCUUGCGCGCGCCCACUCGACCUCAUUGAACGCUGCCCGCCGCGACAUCCGUCUCGACAACAUCACCCGCACAGACAGCGCUACCAGCGUCGGUAGCAAGAGCAGUCUCGUCACAGCAGCGUCGGAGAAGAACCGCGCCAUGAACUCGCGACUAGACGCCUACUUCUUCCCCUCGGCAGACUCGCCAUACCCUGCGGUACGAGAGGAUGACAACGAGAGCAACACAGGUGGCAGCCCCAGCGACACAUCCAGCAACGACCGCUCAAGCAUGCGACAUCCCUCCAUCUCCAUGAUGCCACCUCAGUCCCCCAAAGCCAACAUGCUCUCGCGCGUGAGGCAGCGCACCAAGCGCAUCUCGACCAUCUUCAGAUGAUUGAGCAUCACUUCUUGGCCACGUCAUUUGGCUAACAUCACACUCCACCGUCAGCUCCUUGGUAGUCCGACAUAGCGUUGGUGACCAAGUCAUGCCGGUCCAGACCGGAUGAACAGAGCGGUUCCCCACCCGAUCCACAUACCCACGACUCGGCGCGGAAAAACCUUUGGACCAUCACGAUGCCAUAGUCGGCGGUCACAUGCACACCGAUCCCCGCACAGGGGAUAAGUCACCAGCCACACUCUUCAGACCACCAUCUCCCCUCUUCGACUUGCAACUUACGACAAAGUCACUCCACUCUUCACUUCCUGUGUCUACUUUUACCUUUUUUCUGCUUAGCGUUGUUCUCUGGCUUACGUUUGCAUCUCACUCAUCAUGUCUACUUUCGGAUACCCACACUGCUCCUUGUAUUUUUUUUUCAUCAGCGGGCGCACACAGUCACCCCGGCGGAUUUUGGGUACCACAAUUGCGCUCUCACUUCGGCCGUGGCGUUUUGUGGUUUGAUUCACGGAAGGGAAAUGGAGCCAGGGGUUGGCAAAUUUACGGGCGCAUAAACCGACCAAAGGUGGUCGUGCGCGCAGGUUUUUUGCCCAUGCUCCAAACUCCGCUCCUGGUCCAGGAUCAUUUUAGGGCGGUAUCUUGGCGUUGGGCUGCGAUGCAGGCAAACGGUGACAAAGCGCCUGUGCGUCACAACGCACAGGGCGCUUGUUCCGCCUUUUCGCUGUUUCGUUCUUAUUAUUUCACGAGCUCGGUUAGGCCUGCUAUAUUGUAUGACUUUUACGAAUGACUCGGUCUGGGACAGAGCGAGGGGGAGUGGAGUGUGUGAGAUUAUUCUAGAAAGUUUAGUUUAUUUCUGCAAAGCAAAAAACGUUUUCUUUGC